AGUUGAAGCUUGGCAUAGCAUAGCGCCCCACUACUGCCCAAAGUACUUGAUUCAGCUGAAGGUUCAGGUUGACGAUCAUCUUUCUUCCAUGUAACCACCAUUUCACCUUGCAACCAGUCCUGAUAUAAUAUUGCAGUAUGGCUUCAUCUCGGUAAAGACUCACAGCUUCGGCUGUGAUCUUACUCAUUCGUCCAUCCAAACUUCGGACGACAAUAACAAGCUACCAUGCCUACCGCCUGGAAAACCACAGGGCAAAGAAAGCCCCCCCUGCAAACCGCCAAAAGCAACGAUGACUCAACCUAUCCUGGGCUCAAACCCAUGAGCCCAGAACCAGUUGCCAUGGCCAAAACCCAGUACACAGAGACUCAACAAGAAGAGAUGAUGGUUCUGCAGGCCAUCUAUGGUGAUGACUUCAUUGAGCACAAGGCUGCAAACACCGCUUGGCAGCGCUCAGAGCCUGCCUUCGAUAUCCGUAUCAAAGCUUUUUCUGAUGAAGAAGUUGCUGUCACACUUGGCAUUGUGCUCACUGCCACUUACCCCAAGUCAGUUCCGCUACUCAGCUUAAAGGAUGACAGCAGCCUCAGUGACUCCACAAAAUUCAAGGUUCAGAAGUUCAUCGCAUCUAAGCCACGAAUUUUGGCCGAGGCUGGCCAGAAUGAGCCCAUGAUACAUGAAAUUGCUUCCGGUCUCCAAGAAAUUCUUGAAGAUGCUGCACAGGCCAAAGCACAAGGCUCGGAACUCCCAUCCCUGGAGGAAGAGCGAGCUGCUCAUGAAGCCGAGGUGGCUCGACUGGCUCAGGAACAGCAAUCCGAGGAAGAGCGCAAGAGCAAAGAGAAAAGUGCAGAAGAGGAACGUGUGAUGCAUAACAUGAUACUGGAAGAGAUCAGGCGACAACGUGCCAAGGAAAAGGAGUCCAAGAAAAGGGGUAAACCACCAUCCCUGGCCAUGAUGCACUCCGAAGACUCGCAAGUGCAUGAAGCUGAUAAUGUUAGCUUCGAUGAGCCUUGCAGGAUCACAGGUUUGUCAGGCAAUGAUGCUUACUUCACAACCGUGACAGGAAGAUCAGAGUAUCGCCAAGGUUUGAUUGCAUCAACUUACACUGUCCGCGCGGUAUUGGUGGAUAACCGAAAUUUCCCUUCACUUGCUCUCAAGGAGGUUGAGUUGAAGCCAAACCCCAAGGAUCCGUCUUCGUUCAAGAAGCACCUUCUGAGCUUAGAGAGUAAGCUCAAGUCAGUCAAGCAGUUGGCACAUCCGAACCUACUCAAUGUGAUUGAUUUCCGCAUUGACCGUGACACUCGAGAAAAUGAGGCGUCGCAAACUCGCAUGGUGCGAGUGCUUACUCCACUGGCCGAUAAAGGUUCGCUUGACGAGCUUCUGGAACUCACAGGUCAAGUAGCAAUCAGCAAAGUCAGAUCCUGGACUACAGACCUGCUUUCUGCAUUAGGAUUUCUUCACAGUCAAGGUUUGGUACAUGAAGACAUCCAUCCUGCGAAUAUUCUUCUUUUCAGAGAGAGUUCCGGUCACGUGGUGCCUAGGCUUGCUGAUGCUUCCUAUCAACGCGAACUGCACACAGUUUGUCGCAAGUCCCGCGCUGUCUCUAUACUCAAUUCGGCAAGAUCGACCUAUUGGCAUCCACCAGAACUAGAUAGCGGAUUAGGGCCCCUCAACCAGAAGACAGACAUCUGGGACUUUGGUGUGGUCUUCCUGCAAAUGGUAUUUGGUCUGGACAUUUUUGAGAAGUAUGAGAAACCUUCAAUUCUUAUGUCUAGACUUGCACCGUCUCUGCACGAACUUGUGUCCAAAUUUUUUAAACAUGAUCCGGGGCGGCGCCCUCGCGCUGCAGACUUGCGCUCAAGUGAAUUCUUGGCAACAGACGCGCCUAUCUAUGCCGAUGAUGGCCACAAUCCCCUGUCACCGUCACAAUCGUUCACAUCGCUUCCGAAAACAGAUGAGUUCAGGCGUAGACUUGACUCAUCAGCAUUAGCGCCGUCGUUCUCGAGAUUCAAGAGCGAAUUCCACGAAGAAGGCCGUCUCGGAAAGGGUGGCUUUGGUGAGGUCAUCAAGGUUCGCAAGAAGAUUGAUGGUCAAACUUAUGCCAUCAAAAAGGUGGUGACCAAGGCCACAAAGAGUCUGACUUCCCUGCUGAAAGAAGUCUCCACGCUGUCUGCCCUCAGUCAUCCCUCAAUCGUGCGAUAUUAUGACGCCUGGACAGAGCAACUUGCUGAGCCUGCAGACACGGAAGGAGAGACAUCCACAGAGGGAUUUAGCACUCAGCAGUCUCUUGGUACCACAUCGAACGAAAUGGAUAUACAGUUUGCCACGAGUACGGGUGGGUUAGACUUUAUGUCGUCGGCCAACAUAAACGAUGGAUAUUACCAUGAUGACGAUGAUGAUUCGGAUGACGAUGAUGAUGACGAAGAUACGGCGGAUGACGACGAAGAAGAAGACGAAGAAGAAGAAGAGAACGACGACAACGUUGGCAUUGUAUUUGAAGUGUCCACUGCCAACGAUGAUUCGUCAGUCAAAAAUCAAUUACCUAUCAUACCCAGGCGAACCAGAAGUCACACUCAUUCUGGCUACAAAGUGCUCUACAUCCUGAUGGAAUACUGUGAGAAGAAGACUCUACGCGAUCUCAUAACGCAAAACCUCUAUGAGAAUGACGAAGAAGUAUGGCGUUUGUUCCGUGAGAUCUUAGAUGGUCUCAAUUACAUGCAUACUUUCCACAAUAUCGUGCAUCGUGAUCUGAAACCAGAGAACAUCUUUAUCAGCAGAGGUACAGACGGUGUUGCGCAUGUCAAGAUCGGAGACUUUGGCCUAGCCACAGGCGGACAGGUCGUUGCAGAGAACCGAGCUGCUGGGCUGGCGGAUUCUAGUGGAAUGAGUAAUGUCGGCACCGCUUUAUACUCGGCUCCUGAGCUGGACCGCAGCAAUGGACCAGAUGACGGGCCCUUUAAGAUCGACGACUCCCGGAAACUUGAUAUGUAUGCGCUCGGCAUCAUUUUCUUUGAAAUGCUGUAUAAGCCUAUGGGUGGUCAUGAACGCAUCACAGUUUUGAAUAAUCUUAGAGCAAAACAGCCGACCUUCCCCACUGAUUUCAAGCCGUCUGACAAGGUGCAAACUGAAAUUGUCCUGUCCCUUGUUACGCAUAGCGCAAAUCAACGACCUUCCAGUUCGGAACUACUUCGUGGUGGCAAAGUACCAAUGCCCAUGGAAAGCGAGACUCUACAAAGAGCUCUUGCCGAGAUCUCCGAUCCGUUGUCUACACAUCACCAAAAACUGGUUACAGCAAUGUUCUCAAAGCCCGUUGACAAGACGAAAGAUUAUACCUGGGACAUGUCGAUAUCUAAGGCGUCAUCGACGGAGUUGCUCUUCCAAGGUAUUGUCAAAGAUGAGCUCAUUUCGAUUUUUCGUCGUCAUGGAGCCGUCGAGGCCAAUACAAAUCCGAUUUAUCCACGGUCUGCACAUUACACCCAGAACGUAUUCGAGCUGCUAGAUCGAGGAGGUAGUGUAUUGCAACUGCCUUAUGAUCUAAUGCUGGGCAAUGCCAGAGCUCUUGCUAAACACACCGAUUCUUCUAUUGUCCCAAAGACCUUCACCUUUGGGAAUAUCUACCGCGACCGGUACAGCGGAGGCCAGCCUGAUGUCUUUGGGGAAGUUGGGUUUGACAUGAUGUCAACAGAUACCCUAGAUCUUGCCUUGAAGGAGGCUGAGGUUUUGAAAGUACUAGAUGAGGUUGUUGAUGCCUUCCCAUCACUCAGUCAGAUGUGCUUCCAUGUGGGACAUUCCGAUCUCUUGCAGCUGAUAUUCGAUUUCUGCGACGUAGAUCGCAGUGUUAGGAAGGCUGCAGCGGAAAUAUUGAGCAAACUCAAUAUUCAUACCUUCACAUGGCAGAAAAUCCGGGCUGAGCUUCGCUUGUCGGGCUUGACAGUGACGAGUAUUGAUGAGCUACAACGCUUUGAUUUUCGAGAUACGCCAACAAAAGCCUUCUCGAAAUUGAAGAAUGUGCUGGAAGGAAGCAAGAUGUAUGAUAGGGCCCAGCCGACAAUAAGUCAUCUCCGAGAAGUUAUCAGCUUCGCAAAACGGCUUGGCGUUCACAGUAAGAUUUACAUCACUCCACUGAGCAGCUUCAGAGAGGACUUCUUCAAGGAAGGCAUGCUCUUCCAGUGCGUGUACGACAAAAAGUUCAAGGACGUGUUCGCAGUAGGUGGAAGAUAUGAUAGCUUGAUCAAGGAACAUCGACCUCGAGUGGGCAACCAAAGCCAACAACCACAUGCUGUAGGGUUCAGUCUCGCAUGGGAGAAACUGGCGAGAAUACCAAGAGCUGCAGGCAAGGCUUUCUUGAAGAAGACUGAGGUCGAACAUCAGGGCAUGUUCAAUACCAAGAGGUGUGAUGCUCUCGUUGCAAGUUUUGAUUCCGGCAUACUACGCACAGAUGCCGUCGAAAUCCUACAAACACUCUGGGCACAUGAUAUUAGUGCUGAAUUAGCAAAAGAUGCGCGAUCACCAGAAGACUUGUUGGCAAAAUACCGUGAUGAGAGCUACUCCUGGAUCAUUUUUGUCAAGCAAGAUGCUGUCCUUAAGGUCAAGACGAUGGGCCGCAAGGACGUCCCCGACGCUGAAGUUCCCACACCUCAGCUUCUGAGCUGGUUAAGAGCUGAGCUAAGAGAACGUGAUCGACAUCUUGCUUCUCGAGCAUCCGAUUUCACAAGUGGCUCCACCUCGCUCGACAAGACAAGCAAUUUUGCAAACCCGGAGCAGAAAGUACACGUUUUAGUCGCUGGGACGAAAUCGAAGAAGUUUAAUCGUCGCAUGGUCGUGGAGCACGCGCAAGCGAAUGCGGCAAGCCUGUUAGAGAACUUCCUCGAUGGACCUAUUGCUGCCGUUGAGGCUUCUGAUGUGGUGCUGGAUCUUAUUGAGGAUACCGUCCUGUCUGAUGGUGAUAGCUGGCGCAAAGCCGAGCAGUCGGUCGAGGUGAAGGAGCGCAAUUACAUGCGCGAGAUCCACGGCAUGCUGCUGACAUGGCGCAACAGCUACCAAAUGAAGAAUGGGAGUAAGCAUGCAUUCGUCUACAACUUCAGGACGAAAAAAUGCAUAUAUUACGAUUUGAGUGCAUAGAGUGCAUGAUUGUGGGAUUGCGGGUUGAUCACGGAUGGGAUACAGAAUUCUGACUAGUUUCGAUGGGAUGAUACACGAGGUCAUGAGAAAGGAGAUAUGAAUCAAUGUUUAUGCGCUGUUGAAAAAUGAAACACAGGUUUGCUUUCAUGGCGAUACCCAAAUAGAGUCGAUAUUUUCUUCUUUUCAGUUCUUUUUUUCUUUUUUCUUUCUUCAUAUAUAUGUGCGCCCCAUGUUGGCGCAAGGAAAUUCCAAAUCUGUACUGAAGUACAAAAC